UCGUGCGUUCACUGACAGAAGUCUCACAACAGAGCUUCUCUCUAUCCAACAACGAAAAUAAACAAAUCUAACCUACACUGUUUUGUUGCAAUCAGUGAGCAACAAUACAAGUGCCAGUCAUUUGAUUCAUCAGAAAAAUUACUGCUGGUUAUGAGGAGAGAUCAAGAAAAGAACCUGUGCACCUAUGGACUGUAGGUAGGGAAUGCAAAGCAUUUGACAGGAACAUGGAUGGCAUAUACGGUCUUCUUGGGAUGUUGCUUGGAGAUGCGGGAGAAGACACAAGUGCGACCUUGUUAUCGCUGAGCACUUCAGUGGAUAACUGCUCCGCAAUGAGACAGUCGGGAUGUCUUCCUCUUCUAAUCCAAUUGAUUCAUACGCCGGAGCAGAGUCCCAAAGUGCGAACAGGUGCUUCCAAAGCACUCUACAAUAUUGUCAGAGCUACCCAGCAUCAAGAUGAGGAUAAUCAAGAGCUCCAGAUACUAGAGUUGAUUCAGCAAUUGAGAGAAUACAGUCGAUCCUUGAGGAAUGAGGAGGAAGAAGAAGAAGAAGAAGAGGCGGAGGAGGAAUCAUCAUCAUCAUCGUCAUCAUUGAGGCACCCAAUCCCAGCAAUGUCCUUUCUAUUCAAAUUAUCAUUCAUCGAGACACAUCGAAAUACUAUAAGCCUACUGGGUGGUCUUCAUGCAAUAGCAGAGGUCAUAGAGGUAGACCACAGUAUUCAUGGCUCAUCGAGUGACGAUCCCAAUUGUUUAGCUCUUCGUCGUUACGCAGGAAUGAUUUUGACUGUUUUAACAUCAAACGAUAGUAAGAAUAACAGUUUCCUCUGCUCAUGCAGUGGAUUUGUGAAGGCUUGGGUGGAGCAGUUGAAGAGCUCCAACGAGGAUCUCCAUCACGUGACAGCAAGUGUCUUCAGAAAUUUGUCGUGGAGAGCUGAUUCUAAUUCCAAGAGAGUUUUACGUGAAAUGGGCUCGGUGUCACACUUGACACGAGUUGCAAUGCAAACACGACGAGAAUCAACAUUGAAGUCAGUACUUUCGGCACUUUGGAAUUUAUCGGCACACUGUGCCAGCAAUAAAGUUGACAUAUGUGCUGUUGAUGGAGCCCUAGAAUUCCUCAUCGAUAUGUUGCUUUUCAAGGGGCCAUCGAAAAGGCUGGCUAUAAUCGAGAAUGCCAGUGGCAUAAUCAGGAAUGUUUCUAGCCAUGUAGCAAUUGAGGAAAAAUAUCGGCAAAUAUUGAGGAAUAAAAAUGGCCUGCAUAUUUUAGUCAAACUUCUGACCUCUCCAAGUCUGAUUAUUGUGAAUAACGCUUGCGGCACUCUUUGGAAUUUAUCAGCUCGUUGUACGAAGGAUCAGAAAACACUCUGGACACUGGGAGCAGUGCCAAUACUUCAAAAUCUUGUACAAUCAAAACACAAAAUGAUCUCAACAGGUGCAUCUCAUGCUUUGAAAAAUCUUCUAACAGCAAAAGAUGGACAUAAUAAUGCCUUCCAAUUGACUCCUCCAGUUAAUACUAAUUCCGGUGUAACGAAAACUGAUACAGCCUUGAAGCCACAGGAAUCACAUGCACCAAUUGUCGAAGCAACGGUUGAGAAUAAUCCAAAUGCGAGUUCCGAGAGUGAUCCUCCCUUGUCGGAUAAAGCCUGGAAUCAACAUUUCUCCAGACCCCCAUCGAGUCCCCUGGGGGAUGAAGAGCCCAUCCAAUCGAACAAUUCCUUCGAUGAGUCUGGGUCGAAUGAACCUCAAAAUGAGAAAAGAAAGGGAUCACCGCUGAUGGAGAUUUGCCGGUAG